AUGUCUAAAAUGCAGCUGUUGCAGGUUUAUCUAAACGAGCGGUUAACAGCGGUGGCUGUUGAGAUAUUUGGGGCCGUGGAAAAUACCAUAGGAGAGUACCAGGAAGAAAUCUCCCGUUCAAAUGAGGAGAUCGAACGUCUACGGAGGCUGAUGGAUUUGGUUUUCCAACCCGACAUAAAGCUACAGAGAGCAGACCCCCAGCAGCUCAUUCUCCCUGUCCCUGAAGAGGAGGUUCCCACUGAGCAGCAGCACUGUGAGCAGGAGUGGAACCCCAGUCUGGGCCAGGAGGACCCAGAGCCCACUCCGAUUAAAGAGGAACAGGAGGAGUUUGGGACCAGUCAGGAGGAAGAGCAGCUUCAGGGGCUGGAGUCUGAUAUCAAAGAGGUCAUAUUCUCUCCUCCCUCUCCUCCCCAGCCCUCACAUCAUCUCCAAACCCAAACUGUGGAGAACAGAGAGAGGGACGCUCUACCUACCAAAACAAGUGAAGAGAUCAAAACGGAACCGGAUGGAGAGGGCUAUGGAGAAUCUGAAGCAAACAAUGAAUUACAGCCCCUCUCUCCACCACUCAAAUCAAAGACAACAUGGACAAAGAAAGUACAAAGCUCUAUUAAGACCAGGGAAGCCAGUGAGUUGAAAGUUCCAUUGAGGGCGGCUCACUCAGGGGAGAGACCACACAGGUGUCCUGUCUGCAGGAAAUGCUUUCUGAAAAUUAGCAUUUUAAAAACUCAUCAGAGAAUUCACACUGGGGAGAAACCAUAUUGCUGCAAUGUAUGUGGCAAAUGCUUCAGCCGGAUGGGACACCUGACUGAGCAUAUGAGAACUCACACUGGGGAGAAACCAUAUCAGUGCAAAGAAUGUGGCAAAUGCUUCAGCCGAAUGAGAAACCUGACUGUUCAUAUGAGGACUCACACAGAUGAGAGACCAUAUAAGUGCCCCAUGUGUGUAGAAUGCUUCAGAUCAGCAAGUCAUCUAAAAUGGCACCAGCGAAGACAUCACACAGGAGAGAAACCACGUUGCUGACUUUGUGGUAAAUGCUUCACUUGUAAGAACUGAGGAUGAGAAUGAACCCAGAGGGAUAAACAUGACAGUGCUGCUUGGGGCAAAAUUGUACUCUCACUUGUAGGAGGACCUUUCCAUUGUAAAACGCUGAUGUUUCAUAACCCUUCUGAGCAUGGCACAAAUGUAUAUACUGUAAUAAGUUUUUCAGAACCUAGUAGUUAUUUGGCAAUUCCAGCAUUAUUUGCACGCAAAAUCACAAU